AGGAUAAUAUUUUUGUUUAAAGAAAAGUGGGGUGGGGGCAGCAGAGAUGUGAACACAGGCAGAAGUGUAUAGAAUUAGUAUGCAGGCACAUUACAUUUUUAGGCUGUAUUUAUGCUUUGCCAUAUUUCUGUUUUCAAUUUUUCAUGCUUACAGUGCAGUAUCUUCUGUUUUGCUAUGAUGCUCUUGAACACCUGGAAAUGAUUUGCAAAGAUAACUGGGUUUACUUUUGAGUUAAAUUUGCAAACAAAAGAAAUAGCAGGAAUUGUAAGGUCCUCUUACAUUUGCCUGUUUGUGAGGAAAAGUUCAUCCAUUGUUGUGUGAUUGUGCACUGUAAAUAUAUCAACCUCUCCAACAUUAGCUUUGCUUACAGAGGUGAAACCGUAGUUUGAAUGGGAUCUGUCUGCCUCAGCAAGAUGAGCUCACAGACCAUUGAGUCUGAAAAGCUCCAUUUGGCUUUGCAUUAUGGACGUGGGACCCCCCACAGUCCAGCACAUUGGAUGCUUCCAGACAACUUGGUGGUAGUGAGCGACUGAAGCAGAGUGAGACACGAACUGUGCUGCAGGCUCAAAAGUACCAUGCUGCCCCGCUGUGCAGUCGGUGUGUGCCAUGUGCUUAUGUUGGUGCUGUGUGUGUCUGCGGCUGAGGACUUCGACUGGACAAAGAACCACCACGGCUCCUUCUAUUAUGGCACUUUUCCAGCUGGAUUUUCGUGGGGUGCCGGAGGUUCAGCCUAUCAAACAGAAGGAGCCUGGGACAAAGAUGGAAAAGGACUGAGCAUCUGGGACGUGUUCAGUCAUAAGAAAGGCAAGAUCCAACAAAAUGACACUGGGGAUUUCUCCUGUGAAGGCUACUACAAAGUCAAGGAUGAUAUUUCUCUGAUGAAGGAGCUGAGGCUUAACCACUAUCGUUUCUCCAUCUCAUGGCCUCGACUGCUUCCCACUGGCAUAAAAUCUGACCAUGUAAAUGAAAAGGGAAUACAGUACUACGAUCACCUGAUCAACCACCUACUGGAGAACAAAAUCACUCCGAUUGUUACUUUGUAUCACUGGGAUCUUCCACAGGUCUUGCAAGAGAAAUAUGGUGGAUGGCAAAAUAUAAGCAUGGUCAAUUAUUUCAAUGAAUUUGCUAACCUGUGCUUUGAGAAAUUUGGCGACCGAGUCAAGUACUGGAUCACUUUCAACAAUCCAUGGUCUGUAGCUGUUGAAGGUUAUGAGACGGGGGAACACGCUCCUGGACUGAGGCUGAGGGGAACGGGAGCAUACAGAGCUGCACAUCAUAUCAUUAAGGCACAUGCUAAAGUUUGGCACACGUAUGACACACAGUGGAGGGGGAAGCAAAAAGGUCUGGUUGGCAUCUCUCUGUCGGGGGAAUGGGGAGAACCGGUGGAUAUCAGCAACCAGAAAGACAUUGAAGCAGCUGAGAGAUAUGUCCAGUUCCACCUGGGAUGGUUUGCCACACCGAUUUUUCAUGGCGACUACCCUCAAGUGAUGAAAGACUUCAUAGGGAGAAAGAGUGUCCAGCAGGGCCUCGGGGCGUCUCGACUGCCCACAUUUUCCCCUCAAGAGAAGAGCUACAUAAAGGGGACCUGUGACUUCCUUGGCAUUGGUCAUUUCACCACCCGCUACAUCACCCAAAAAAACAACCCAUCGGGCCGUAGCAGCAGCAACUACUUUAGUGACCGUGACCUGGCUGAGCUGGUUGACCCAAGAUGGCCUGACCCUGGUUCAGAGUGGCUCUAUGCCGUGCCCUGGGGUUUUAGACGUCUGCUCAAUUUUGUCAAGACUCAGUAUGGGAACCCAAUGAUUUAUGUGACUGCAAAUGGAGUCUCUGAGAGGAUGUUAUGCACAGAGCUUUGUGAUGAAUGGAGGAUAGUGUACUAUAAAGACUACAUCAAUGAGAUGCUUAAAGCUAUCAAAGACGGAGUCAAUGUGAAGGGCUACACUGCAUGGUCGCUGCUGGACAAAUUUGAGUGGGAUGAAGGUUUCUCUGAGAGAUUUGGCUUGUACUAUGUGGACUUCAGGAACAAAAACAAGCCUCGCUAUCCCAAAGCUUCUGUUCAGUUUUACAAACGCAUUAUCAGCUCCAAUGGAUUUCCCAAUCAAAGAGAGGUUGAAAACUGGAGGCGAAAGGCAGUUGAGACGUGCUCUUCCAGCAAUCAGCUUCUAGCUGCAGAGGAACAGCGGAGUACUGCUGCCAAUAUUCUAAGACUUAUACAUGACCCUUUGACCAGCCACAUGGAGAUGGUGACCGAGAUCGUUGUUCCCACUGUGUGCACACUCUCCAUUUUGCUCAGUGCCAUCUUCCUCAUGUUCCUGCUGCGGAGGCGUAACUAGGAAGGCUUUCGUGUUUAUACAUCACAAGCAUCGGCACACACACACAUAUGCACACAUUUAAAAUUUAAGUGCAUCACUUCUUUAUUGGAUAACGUGUGAAUAUAAAUACAUCAUUUAAGCUGAACUGAAAGAACUGGUGAUUUUUAUCGAUUUGAUGUGUGUAAAGCGUUUUGCUCUAAAAUUACUGGUUUUGAGUAGAAGGAAAAAGGAGUCAGAGUUUCUAAUUAAACUGCUACUAUAGGAUACUGGUAUUGCAAAGACGCCAGGUGAUCUACUUUCAUUUGGAUACAGCUAAGUUGUUUGGCAGAAUAUUUCCUGUCUUUCCUUGAGCAGCAAAAUGUGAAAAUAAAGAUGUGACUGGAAAAAACAUAUACACACAAAAAACAUAUACACAAAGGACUGAAAUUUGCUGUUGAGGGGUUAGUAGCAUGUUUUUAUAAAUUCAUGCAAAGUUGACAAGGCUGCAGUACGCCAUAGUGGAGAAGAAAGCAGGAUCCUCACUGUCCCCAUUCACGGUUUCAUUUGGAUAGUCUAAAAACAAAAGAAUAGUUAAAGAAGAACAUUGUUAUCGGUACUUUACUGGGGUAGUCACUUAUAUAUUCAGUAAAUAAAAAUCACCUGUUUCAAAGAUGACAUGAUCAACCAGUGGUCUGUCACUAAGAUGUAAGGAGGUCCUGACCUCACGAGGACCAUGACCACUGGACACCUCAACCCCCCACAGUAUUGGGUGCUCCCUGUAGAGCACAAAGAUGAACACAGAAAAACUCAAUUCUGUGUAAAAAAAAAAAGAAGAAAAAAAAAGCCUAACAUCUACCAAUAUAUCCUUUGACUUUCAAUAAAUGUUUUAUGUGGUU